ACUUCUCAGUCAUCCAUGUCAUGUCGACAUGUGCAUAUGAUCGACAAGACACUGAGCCUGAGGCCGAGUGAGGAGAGGUACGCACGGUUGAGCUUUGAGGUCGAUCUGAGCUACAGCCAGAUGAGGUGAGGACAUGCCAACUCGCGCCUGAGCGCGAGGAGGUCGCACAGCUCUUGCAGAACCACAUAAUCAUUGUAGAAAGAAAAGUAGAAAGUAGAGCAUUCCUUUUUUUGUAGUAUCGAUUGGCAGUGUGACUCGAACCGAGGGCUUCGUUCCAACAACAGCAGGGCAAGACGGUUAGUAACCAGCAGUGCGGACUUGACUACGCCCCUGUCCUCCAGUCCAGGCAGCGCAGGCAGUGUUCGCAUUCUGACCUAGACUGGCCAGAGACGGGAUAAGUAUUUCCAGACAUCGGAUGCUACAGGCUAGCAGCAGCUAACUGCCAGUGCCAUCGCUGCUGCUGUUGCUGCACACUGAGUUAUUUUCCUGCUUUGGAAACGAGUUACGUGCGGAGCUGACAUCGUACUGCCGUACGGCUCCUAGAAAGGAUAACGAUGGCGGAUGAUGAUUUCGAUAUCGAUACCCGAGUGCAGAUGAGCGGCCUCCUCCUGAAGAAGCCGUUCGGCCACAAAGCGAACAAGUGGCAGAAAAGAUUCUUCAUAAUCAAAGAAGGUUUCUUGCUCUACUAUGGGGAGAGCGAAAAGAAGGUAUUCGAUCGGUCUGGACACUUCAACAUUCACCCCAAGGGUGUCAUUCCCCUAGGAGGCAUCACGGUGAAGCCAUCGGACGAGUCGCUUGCCCAGGGCAAGUUUGAAAUUGUCAUCUGCCACAAGGACUUCAGGGGAAUGAUCACAUUGGCUGCGGAGUCGGCAGGUGACCGUGAUCAGUGGAUCUCCGUCAUCAACAAGUCUGGAAAAGUGACAUGGAAGAACGCCCAGAUUGGCGAGGCCAUGGUUCAACAGCUAGAGGACAACAGUAAGAAGAUUGCAGAGGAGAAGCAAGCAUACUUGGAAAAGCUUGAGACCGAGGCAGCUGCCUUGAAGGAAGAGAAAGGUCGUAAAGAGGAGCUGGAAAAGAUGGCCGAAGCGCUACGUGCUGAGAAAGCCGAAGUGGAGAACUCGGCAAUGCAGCUCCGGGAAGAGAAGGAGUUCACGCAACAGGAACUUCAAGCCAGUAUACAGGCUAUGCAUCAGAUCGAGCAAGCCAAAGAAGAGCUUGCAAAGACAACUGAGCAGAUGGCCAGCCAGCUUGAGGAUGUCGACAUGCAGCGGCGGCAGUUAGAUGAAGAGAAGCAGCUUGCCGAGGAAUUGCUCGUGGAGAAGGAACGGAGAGCUCGUGUUCUGGAGGAGGAGAGAACGAAAUACGACGAAACAACGUCAGAGCUGAAGAUGAGCCUUGAGACGGUGGCUCUGGAAAAGCAACGCACCGAACACAGGCUGAAGCAAGAGAAGAUAAACCGUGUCAAGACGGAGAAGCGGCUUCGUAUCGCCGAGGAUUCCCUGCGGAGAUUAGAUAAGGCACUGAAAGAGAGCGGAGUGAAGAUAGACAUUGAGCUGGAAUCAGAUGUGUCCAAUCUCAGAAAAUUCUUCGAGGAAGAAAUUGAAGAAGCCCGGUUUGAAGCCGACAUGCCAGUUAUCAUGAGAAAUGCAGUAACAGCACAGGUCGAGUUCAAGCGCCAGUCGCGACAGAUUGACGACGAAAAGGAUUUCAGUGUCUCUGCCGAGCCACCCAAGCCGAAGCCGAAGAAGCGCCUGUCAACGGCCAGCAUGGGUGCUGAACUUCCUCCGCCACCGGAGGUUUUAACGCCACCGCCAGAAGAAGCUGUCUUGCCACCACCAGCCGAGUAGGAUGUGCCUACACCGUGUCUGCCUGAGUGACUCUUGCCGCGAGUACAGUUGUAACAACAUUGGCGGUGGCUAUCUGCCAUUGGUCAUGCCGUACGCAACCCUAUUAGUAAAUACCGAGCUUUUUUCAAUUAUCUCCCAAGUUAUUUUACGAGACAAGACAUGUCUAUUCCUUUCUGCUCAUGCUCGCGAGCAUAGAUUGCUUUGCUGUAGCAGUAAUUAGUUUGGCUUUCACUAAGCUUUAGCAGUGCUUUUAGGUUUAUCGUAGGCACUUACCAAACUAGUCCUGACUAGCCUGCAUGUGGAAUCAUGCCAUGCUGCUAGCUGCCAUACAUCAAACUCAGCUGUGCAGUGCUGAGUCACUGUUGACACACUAUACCAGUACUAUUGUAAAACCGUCUAGUAGUUAGUUCCAGAGUUGUGCCAGCCAAGACGAGGCUGAGCCAUUUGUCGUGCAUAUCGGCUGUAAUAAAUUAUGCUGCCGCAGAGGUGCCUGACCUUGCCUGCCCUAGUCCGUCCAGGAAUGAAUAUAAAUUAAUAGGGCAGCUAGUGAAUUGUAGGUUGCUGACUGCUUACAGCGCUUUUACGCCAAUGCAAGGUGCUUCCCCGAUGGCAAUGUGCUCGCUGAGACUGGCACUGGCAGCAAGCCGCUUGCUUACCAGUACAUGAACACUACCGUGUCUUGCCCUAUUCCCGAUAGUCUGGUCAUACUUGAAGACUGAUUCAUUCUCUGAA